AUGGCCAACUCCUGCUGUGGCUCUGUCUGCUCUGAAGAGGGCUGUGGCCAAGGCUGCUGCCAGCCCAGCUGCUGCAGGCCCACCUGUUGUCGCCCCAGCUGCUGUGUGUCCAGCUGCUACAGACCCCAGUGCUGCCAGUCUUUGUGCUGCCAGCCCAGCUGCUGUCGUCCCAGCUGCUGCAGACCCUCUUGCUGCAUCUCCAGCUGCUGCCGCCCCUGCUGUAGCAGUUCCAGCUGCUGCCAGCCCAGCUGUUGCAUUUCUAGCUGCUGCCGCCCCAGCUGCUGCGUGUCCAGCUGCUGCAGGCCCCAGUGCUGCAUCUCCAGCUGCUGCCGUCCCAGCUGCUGCAGGCCCCAGUGCUGCGUGUCCAGCUGCUGCCGCCCCAGCUGCUGCGUGUCCAGCUGCUGCAGGCCCCAGUGCUGCAUCUCCAGCUGCUGCCGCCCCACCUGUUGCCACACCACCUGCUGCCGCCCAGCAUGCUCUAGUGGUUCUUGCUGCUGA